GAGCCAAUGAUGGGGGGGCGGGUAUGUUUCCUCGUCCAGCACUGCUACGUGUUCUCGCUCGUAAAGACUUUGUAUGAUUCCUAUUUUAUUUUCUUAAGUCCUUUUUUUACUAAAGCAUAUCUCCGGGACAAAAAAAAUCCCGAGAACGAAUCCGAGUUCUACGGGGGGGGUCGUACCAAGCGAGUUCUUCCUUGAAUGUGAUUUCAGUACUUCAUUCAACAACGUAGCACACUCAUGAACGUUGCAUCACGCAUGGUCAAUGUAGUAAUUGUAAUCGGUGGUCACCUGCGAUGCCUGGCUGAGUCGUGAAGUGCUCUCCUGCUACCACGCGCAAUGAGGCAUUGACGUUCUUCCCCCGUUUAUACAGCCCUGCAGAGCGAGUGGUGGAAAUUCCACAUCUUCAUAGCGGUGGCCGUGUCCAUCUACAGGACAACCACUGUUGAUUUCCCCACAAAUACGGUGGUACUCACUUUAUCGUCCUUCUAGGGCUGUGCCCUAAGUCACUUAAAACACCCUCACUCCAUCGUGAGAACACUGAAAUUCCACGAUUUGAGUUUCAAGGAAACUCUGACGGCUCCGUUUCCCACACCUCAGGCCAAUCGCUGAGCAGCUGUCCUGCAUGAGCUUCUUCAUGACAUAGUUGUUGAUUAACUAGCAAAUAUUUGAAGAGCCUAGAGGCAACAUUUUCAUUUGGUUUUUAUUGACUUUUUAAGUGUACCGACCGAUCUUAAACGUUAAUGUAAUGUCCAUUUUAUUUGUACAGUGUUCACCUACAUAUACAUUUAUUGUAUUUACACUAGUUUAACCAGAAAAGUCUCCCAUGACUUUUCUGGUUACAGCCGUGGGUGUCGUUGCUUUGGCCUCCCAAUUGAGUAAUUUGCGGGUAAUUUUUUCAGCAUCAGGAUCUUUGGGCCAAAACAACUUACAUUCUAUGUCUUGUAUAACUAAAGCAGGAAACUGGAGAACCCGGACGACACCCAUGCAGAACCGUGGGAGAGAAUAUUCAUAUUCUUGGUUCUUUCGGUAAAGUCACGUAGAAGGGAAAUAAUAAAAAUAAAACAUAAAAUAAAAUUCUCACAGUGGGAGAGGACAUGAACUACACGCAGAAAGGUGGCCCCAGUCGGGUAUCGAACCCAGGUCCUUGCUGUGAGGCACAGGUACUACCACUGCCACCACCCUGCCACAAAAAAAAUUAGAUAUUAUGUUUCACUAGGAAUGGUUCAUCAUUGUCAUUUGCACAAACGUGUAUCAGCUUCACUCGGAAGGCGGCAGACUGAAAAGUACACCGGGCUGAGAUUGAUGGCAUGGGUAGGGCCGCUCUGGAACGCGUGUCUGUGUGGAGAAUAAUUUAAUGUUGAGAUAGGCGUUGUGUCCACGGUACUUGUGAGCCUCCGGGAUAGCAGCCCUGAAAGGCACAGCCCAUAGAAACACUCCGAUGUUUUAUUGUGAGCACGUCGAGACCAGUUGGAGAAACACAAGGCAUGGCACGAGUUGCUGUUUCCCCACAAAGUGGAGAUCGACUGCAGUAAAUCUUUCUGCACACUGUGAGACAAAGUAAGACAAAAUACAACACUGCAUCGUCCACCAAUUGGCAACGUGAACAGCUCAAAUGCAAUUACAAGAUUUUGGUUUGUGCCAUUUCGCGUUGUAUAUGCGACUUACCUUUGUCUACUCAAAAAUCGCUCUAUGCAGUAUGCGGUUUGAAUUCACACUGCAUGUUGCUAUGCAUGGUUUGUGCUACUCGGCAGGCAGAGCUGCCUCGUGUGGUUUUGCAUUUGUAUGCCCCAUUUUGGAAUGCAUCUACUACCGCAUAGGUCGAUGUAAACCUAUACAUUCUAAUUGCAUACUGAUAGCUGCAUUCAGAACACUGUGAUCUGAGUUUAUAAUCAUUUACAAACUUAUUGGCAUUUGUUAGCACUUAAUUAUUACUUGCAAACUGUCUAAUAUUAAACACCUUCAGUAGUUUAUAACCCCAGAUUUGAAAGAUUGUGUUGUUUGGUCUUUACAUUAUAGAUGGAGACUAAAUAGUGUAGUUGACUGGCACAAUAUUUCACAGAGCAUGGCCGUCUGGAAUAAAAUACACUGGCGUGGUUGACUACCUGUGGAUUUUGGCCAAAAUACACAAAUACUUGUGAUGAAUAUUACAUCACAAGCCAUGUGUUCGGCUCAGUCAGGGUGUAAUAACUGUUCCCGUCUGAUAUUUAAUUCUAUAUUUAAAAUUGUGUCUAAGAUGCAUUAAGACUGUUUUAGCCGGUGCGUACGGCUCCCAAAAUGAGGACUUUUAAGGCUCUAAUUCAAAUAUUAGCUGUCAUGCAUCCAGCAUUGUUGGUGCCAAAGGGAAGACUUCUUAGCAUAAGCCACAGCCAUUUGAAGCUCUCACUCCUUGAUCAUGCUGUUGCUGCUGCGGCCAGGAAAACGAUGCUGAAGGUUAACCCAGCAGGACGGGCAUAAUUGUAGUCAUGUCACUGCAGACAGGGCAUCAAAGUACAUCUUAUGCUCAAAGUACAUCAUAUGCUCAAAGGACACACAAAGUGCAUUUCAAAUAAGAUGUGAUUGCACUUGCUGGUGUGCUGCAAAAUGUUCCCAACAAUACUGAUGCUGCCUCGCUUCUGCUGACAUGAAUGAAUUGUCGUGCAGAAUUGAUAUGAAAGUUCCGAACAGAGAUGUCCUUUAUAAUGAACAGAUACAUUGUGAAUGCCAAACACCAUUGGCUGCAAAUGUUCUAAACAAUCAGCGGCCAGUCUCUAUCUGCUGCUGGCUAAAUGCCUGCAUUUUAACAGUGCCAUCAAAUUCGUGUAGCUGCUGUCCCAAACGUCUUGCUUCAUUGUCCUCUCGUUUGCCUGCCUACCCAGGCCACCUUUGCCCCCUUUUGCGUAUUGCAUCUGCAUUGCAAUUUGGAUUAACAUUGUGUCUAAAUUUCAACUAGCUACCUGUGUUAAGAUUCUGUCAAAUUAACAAAUGGGGCGUCUGUGAUGCAGCAACCGCGCAAAUCGGAGGUGCGCGAAAGGACAACAAACUGAACGCAAAAAAAAACGGUUUUAAAGAAAUUCCUUUUCAAUAUAGAUUUAUUGCAAGGCCCUUGCAACCUAUCACUGGGUGGAACAUGUUUUCAACCCUAGAUUGCCACCCACAUGCAGAUCCCCAUACAGUAAUGUAGUUUUUUAUAAAACGUCAGUGCUGUUUGUAGAUGACUGCUCUCUUGAGGGCAGCACAAGCCAUAUGCGAGUACUAUGUAUGGGUUCCAACAUUCCCGCUGGCUGUAUGGACAGAAGCAGAACUUCAUAGUUUGGCAUGACAGCUUACAGCUGACAUAUCAUCUAUAAUAUAUUUUUCUGGAUAUUGCUUCCAGCGAUGUGGUAAUGCUUACAACAAUAUUUCUCUUUAAUAUUUUUCCAGGUUAGUAUCAUGUUUACCGGUCUAGAAUUCUCACAUUACUUGUUGGCUGGCUUCACACGGUGUCCUAAUUAGCUCAUUCAAGCUUUACUGGUUGUGUCUAUUGUGUUGCAGGUCCGGGUCAAACAUUGUUUCGUCACAAUGCGCCAGUAACUGUAAUUGGAUUAUAUUUAGGCUACUGUUUACUGGCAUUAUUCAAUUUUUAUGUUAUUUUGAACAGUUCAUUAUGAACCAACACUACACGGUGAGAUCGUUUUUAUGUGGUUGUGUGAAGACCAAUUAAAUCGGCUUAUAAAUCUGCUUUAAUCCCUUUGAAGUUGAUAUCAUUCAAAAGUCUAUGGUUCCUGGCUGUAAUUAACAUAGCUUUUUUUUUUAAACAAAAGCUUGGUGUGGCAGUGUGCCAAUCAGUGGUCCAGCAAAAAGCCUGCCAGAAAGCCAGUGUAUUCACGGUGGCGUUAGUGUCCGGUGGCGAGCCAAUGGAAUGGGGGCCCCCUUUACAAACAGGAUUUGCUUUGUUUGCAGUGCUCAGUGAGUGCACCACUGCCCUGUGUCCGGGCAGGCGGGCGGGCAGGAAGCCGCAGUACACGGGAUGCACCACCACCAACAGCAGCAACAGCAGCUGACGCAGAGGCGUGGGGAACAUUGGGCGGUGCGGCGAGCGAGCCAGCUAGCGAGCGUUAGACGCACUCCCCCAGCGAGUACAAACCACAGACAGACGCGCCCUCCAUCUGGUAGCUUCUCAGCCCAGUCUGGCACCAGCUGCUUCUGUGUCCCACAGCAGAAUGCGCUAGGGCGGCCCACAAGUUGAACCGGGGAGCUGCGGUGCACCUAUGCUUUCAGGAGCGCCUGGGCGGACGCGGCUGCCCUAGGGCGGCUGGCCGGACGGGUUAUUAAGGAGUUGCGGGAGGCCGAUCCAAGGGAGGGGGGGUGGGGAUCAGUCGAGUAGCUGCUGCAUUUCAGCGGCCAAGGGUCGGCUAUAGCAGGGCGACUGCUUAUCUUGUGACCGCUGAGACCACUUGCUACCACGGAUUAUGAGUGUACUUUUGAACCACAUGGACUACAAAAAACGGGUAGACCCCUCACUGCAGACAGAGGCUCGGACGCAGGCCGACCCUACCCCAUCGGGUUCCAAGCACAAUCGCCGGAGGGACGCGGGCUCUCGCGAUGAGAGAUAUCGCUCGGACGUUCACACAGAAGCCGUUCAAGCCGCACUUGCCAAGCACAAGGAGAAGAAGAUGCCCAUGCCCAUGCCUUCCAAGCGCCGCUCGUUUGCCGUGCAAGCCGCUGUAGACGCCUACACGCCGCCAGACACGUCGUCGGCCUCCGAGGACGAGAACUCUCUCCGCCGGAGGUCCCAGGAUCCGCUGGGCCAGGGGUCGCUCAACGUGGAGCGCUGGAUCAGCCAGGCCAUGCAGCAGGGCACCUCCACCACGUCCUCCUCUGCCUCCUCCGCCUCGUCCCAUAGCACGGGGCCACGCGCCACCUCCCAGGCGGGGCCUGCCCCGACCCACACCUCCACGGCCACGCCUGGGCCCAGCCACGGCGAGCGGGAACGCCGCGGUGGGCCUGGCGCCCUGGCCGACGUCAUGGCCCACACGCACCUCGACGGUCGCUCCGCGCCCCCCGACGUGACGACCCACACCUCGGAGGCGCACCCUCCCCCAGUGCGGGGCUACUCCAGGGUCGCGCAUUCGGAGAUGAUGGACACCGGCAAUGGGAUGCCAGUCAACAGCCGAGUCUCCUCCAAAAUCCAGCAGCUUCUCAACACCCUCAAGAGGCCCAAGCGGCCGCCACUCAAAGAGUUCUUUGUUGACGACUUUGAUGAGCUCUUGGAAGUGCCACAACCCGACCCCAACCAGCCCAAGCCAGAGGGUGCGCAGACAACCCCCGUCAAGGGGGAGCCGCUGGGAGUGGUGACCAAUUGGCCGCCCUCGCUGGAGGCAGCCCUGCAACGCUGGGCCACGCAGUCGGCCAAGGCACUGUGCCUCACCGCCCUGGACACGACUGGCCGGCCCCAGUGCUCGCUCACCUACGGCAAACUGUGGAAGCAGAGUCUGAAGCUGGCAUACACACUGCUGAACAAGCUGGGGACCAAGCAAGAGCCUCUCCUUCGGCCCGGCAACAGGGUUGCGCUGGUCUACCCCAACAGCGAUCCCGCCGCCUUUGUCGUUGCCUUCUACGGCUGCCUGAUAGGAGGCCUCAUCCCCGUGCCCAUCGAGGUGCCUUUGACGAGCAAGGAUGCUGGCAGCCAGCAGAUUGGCUUCCUGCUGGGCAGCUGUGGAAUCUCUGUGGCGCUGACGAGCGACGUGUGCCUCAAGGGGCUGCCCAAGGCCCCCACGGGGGAAACCAUCACGUUUAAAGGCUGGCCCCGUCUCACGUGGUUUGUGACCGACUCUAAGAACCUCUCCAAGCCUCCAAAAGACUGGCCCGCCAAUCCCCGCGAGAGCAACAGUGACGCGGCGUACAUCGAGUACAAGACGAGCCGUGAGGGCACGGUGGUGGGCGUUGCCGUGUCACGCGCCUCCAUGCUCACGCACUGCCAGACGCUCACACAAGUGUGCGGGUACACGGAGGGUGACAUCCUCAUUAACGUCGUGGAUUUCAAAAGGGACGUGGGACUAUGGCAUGGAGUCCUAACCAGCGUGAUGAACAUGGUGCACGUGGUGUGCGUGCCGUACGCCCUCAUGAAGGCGAACCCUCUCUCCUGGAUCCAGAAGGUGUGCCAGUUUAAAGCCGGCGUGGCCACCGUCAAGUCACGUGACAUGCACUGGGCCAUGAUGUCGCACCGCGAGCACCGCGAGGUCAACCUGAGCUCCCUGCGCAUGCUCGUCGUGUCCGACGGGGCCAACCCCUGGUCUGUCUCAUCCUGCGAUGCCUUCUUGAACACCUUCCAAAGUAGGGGACUGAAGCCAGAUGCUAUCUGUCCCUGUGCCAGCUCUCCAGAGGCACUCACUGUGGCUAUUCGCAGGCCGGGUGCAGAGGGCAGCCGGCCCACGGGGCGCGGCGUCCUCUCCAUGCAUGGCCUGAGCUUCGGCGUGAUCCGGGCCGACUCGGAGGAGAAGCUCUCCGUGCUCACGGUGCAAGACUCCGGCAACGUCAUGCCGGGCGCAUUGAUGUGCAUCGUCAAGCCGGAUGGGCCUCCGCAGCUUUGCCGGACGGACGAGAUCGGAGAGAUCUGCGUGAGCUCCCGAUCCACAGCCUCCACGUACUACGGCCUGCCCGGCAUCACCAAGAGCAUCUUCGAGGUGUUUCCUGUCAGUGCCACGGGGUCUCCCGUGAGCCAGUAUCCCUUCAUCAGAACUGGGCUGCUCGGCUUCCUUGGGCCUAACGGGCUCAUGUUUUCCGUGGGCAAGACGGAUGGUCUCAUGAUGGUCGCAGGCAGGAGGCACAGCGCCGACGACGUCAUCGCCACCGCGCUGGCUGUGGAGCCAGUCAAGCUGGUGUACCGUGGACGGAUCGCCGUGUUUUCUGUGAACGUGCUGAGAGACGACCGCAUUGUGGUCGUGGCCGAGCAGAGGCCCGAGGCGUCCGAGGACGACUGCUUCCAGUGGAUGAGUCGGGUGUUGCAGGCGAUAGACAGCAUCCACCAGGUGGGCGUGUACUGCCUAGCGCUGGUGCCAGCCAACACUCUGCCCAAGUGUCCGCUGGGAGGGGUCCACAUCUCGGAGAGCCGCCAGCGCUUCCUGGAGGGCGCCCUGCACCCCUGCAACAUCCUCAUGUGUCCUCACACCUGCGUCACCAACCUGCCCAAGCCACGGCAGAAGCAGCCAGAGGUGGGCCCCGCCUCGAUGAUGGUGGGCAGCCUGGUGGCCGGCAAGCGCAUCGCGCAGGCCUGUGGCAGAGAACUCAACCACUCGGACGAGCAUGACCACACCAAGAAGUUCAACUUCCUGACAGAGGUUCUGCAGGACAGAUCUCAGACGACACCCGACCACAAUCUCUUCACGCUGAUCAAUGCAAAGGGCCUGGUGGCGGCGACGGCCUCUUGCCUGCAACUGCACAGGCGCGCUGAGCGGGUGUCCACGCUGCUCACGGAGAAGGGGCGGCUCAACUCGGGCGACCACGUCGCACUGGUGUACCCCCCAGGCAUCGACUUGAUCGCGGCAUUCUACGGCUGCCUGUACACGGGCUGCGUCCCGGUCACCGUGCGACCUCCCCACCCGCAGAACCUGGCCAGCACUCUCCCCACCGUGCGCAUGAUCGUCGAGGUGAGCAAGUCAGUGUGUGUGCUCACGACCCAAGCGGUCACGAAACUGCUGAAGUCAAAGGAGGCAGCUGCUGCAGACAUCAAAUCCUGGCCUCCAAUUCUCGAUACCGACGACCUCCCACGGAAGAGCCCCAAGCAGCUUUACCGAGCCCCCACGCCCGAGAUGCUGGCCUACCUGGACUUCAGCGUGUCCACCACGGGGAUCCUGGCUGGCGUCAAGAUGUCGCACGCGGCGGCGAGCGCCCUGUGCCAGGCCAUCAAACUGCAGUGCGAGCUGUACCCGUCGCGCCUCGUGGCUCUCUGCCUCGACCCCUACUGCGGCCUGGGCUUCGUCCUGUGGUGCCUCUCGGGGGUAUAUGCAGGCCACCAGUCUUUCCUGAUCCCGCCCUUGGAGCUGGAGUCGAACCCGGCUCUGUGGCUGUCGGCCGUGAGCCAGCACCGUGUGCGGGAUACCUUCUGCUCGUACUCCGUCAUGGAGCUGUGUACGCGUGGUCUGGGCGCACAGACGGACGCACUCAAGGCGAAGGGUGUGAACCUGUCGUGCGUGCGCACGUGCGUGGUGGUGGCGGAGGAGCGACCGCGAAUCGCGCUCACACAGUCCUUCUCCAAGCUCUUCAAGGAUCUGGGGCUGUCGGCGCGCGCCGUCAGCACCACCUUCGGCUGCCGCGUCAACGUGGCCGUUUGCCUGCAGCCGCGGAAAAUGGGCAACGUAGCAGAGCAGGGAACCGCUGGACCUGAUCCCACCACCGUCUACGUGGAUAUGAGGGCUCUGAGACACGACAGGGUCCGCAUGGUGGAGAAGGGCUCUCCCCUGAGCCUGCCCUUAAUGGCAUCUGGAAAGAUUAUGCCUGGGGUGAAGGUGAUUGUUGCCAACCCAGAGACCCGCGGGCCCCUGGGAGACUCCCACUUGGGAGAGAUCUGGGUGCAGAGCCCUCACAACUCGAGUGGGUACUACACCAUCUACGGAGACCAGUCGCUGCACACGGACCACUUCAGUGCGCGUCUCACCGUGGGAGACACGCACGCCGUGUGGGCCAAGACGGGCUACCUGGGCUUCAUCCGGCGCACAGAGCUCACCGACGCCAGUGGGGAUCGCCACGAUGCGCUGUACGUGGUUGGUUCACUGGACGAGACGCUGGAGCUGCGAGGGAUGCGGUACCACCCCAUCGACAUCGAGACCUCCAUCCUGCGGGCUCACAAGAGCAUUGCUGAGUGCGCCGUGUUCACGUGGACCAACCUGCUGGUGGUGGUGGUGGAGCUGGGAGGGCAGGAGCAGGAGGCGCUGGACCUGGUGCCGCUGGUCACCAACUCGGUGCUGGAAGAGCACUAUCUGGUGGUGGGCGUGGUGGUGGUCACGGACCCUGGCACCAUCCCCAUCAACUCGCGUGGAGAGAAACAGCGCAUGCACCUGCGCGACGGUUUUCUCGCCGACCAGCUUGACCCAAUAUACGUGGCCUACAACAUGUAA